GAGCAGGCUGCCUAUGUGACAUGUCAUGGGGUCCGUUUGUCAACAGCAAUGUCCCGUAAAUAUACCAGGACUUGGUGUACUUCAACCUGCAGAUGGACUAGCCAAGGCCCGAUUUGCUCCUCUAGGCUUUCCGUCAUCAGGGAAUGGCCUGUGGUAUGAUACACCCGGAAAUAUUUGGGCUCGUCAGUUUUUACCGGUCGGGAAUGGAUUCCUUGGAGCUAUGAUUUCCGGAGGCACGACUCAAGAGUCAACUCAAUUGAAUAUUGAAAGUCUUUGGUCUGGCGGUCCGUUUGCCGAUCCCGGCUAUAAUGGUGGGAAUAAGCAGCUAGAUGAACAAUCUGAGAUUGGACAAGCUAUGCGAUCUAUCAGGCAAAAGAUAUUCAAAAGCAAACAUGGUACAAUCGAUAAUGUUGACGCCUUGAUGGCUCCAAUCGGUGCAUAUGGCAAUUAUUCGAGUGCAGGUUUUCUUGUCUCGACGUUAACAAAUACACCAUCUUCCGCUAUUUCGGAUUACGCAAGGUUCCUGGACUUGGAAACAGGUGUAGCAAGGACUAUUUGGACUCAUGGCAAUUAUCAAUUUACACGUGAAACGUUUUGCUCAUACCCUGCGCAAGCCUGUGCACAGAAUACCUCGUCCACGAAUCCUUCCGGAUUCUCGCAGACAUAUGCACUUGGUGCCAUUAUAGGGUUGCCUCCGCCCAACGUCACCUGUGCCGAUAACUCAACUCUGCGUUCGAGUGGACUCGUUUCGAACCCUGGGAUGGCUUAUGAGAUUCUGGCUACUGUUUCCGUUUCACCAGGUGGGAUAAUUGAAUGUAACACAGUCCCGAAUGUGAAUCAUACGAGAAAAGCCUCGAACGCGACGUUAACCAUCUCUAACGCCACCUCGAUGUCCAUUAUGUGGGUUGGAGGGACGAACUAUGAUGCAGGCGCCGGUGACGCAGCUCAUAGCUUUUCGUUUCGUGGAUCGGACCCCCAUGAAGGGCUUUCUUCACUGCUGAUCAGCGCGUCAGAGAAGUCUUAUUCGGAAUUUGUUGCCGAGCAUAUUUCAGACUUCAAGUCAGCCUUAAAUCCAAGUUUCUCUCUAAAUCUUGGGCAGAAUAUCAACUUAAAGGUGCCGACAGACAAGUUAAAGGAUGUCUAUAGGGUUGAUAAGGGAGACCCGUAUCUAGAAUGGCUACUCUUUAACUAUGGAAGGUAUCUCCUUGUAAGUUCAGCACGUGGAGCGUUGCCUGCGAACCUACAAGGGAAAUGGGCUCGUGAUGCAGGCAAUCCCUGGAGUGCAGACUACCACGUGAACAUAAAUCUGCAAAUGAAUUAUUGGUUCGCCGAAUCUACAAAUCUGGACGUCACGAAAUCUCUUUUUGAUUUCAUCGAGGAAACGUGGGUCUCGCGCGGUACCUAUACUGCGCAGGUUUUGUAUAAUAGUACUCAGGGUUGGGUUCUGCACAAUGAAAUAAAUAUCUUUGGACACACGGGCAUGAAACAAGGUGAUGCAGAGUGGGCAGACUAUCCUGAAUCCAAUGCAUGGAUGAUGAUUCAUGUUUGGGACCACUUUGACUUCACGAAUGACGUUGCAUGGUGGAAAGCUCAAGGAUACCCUUUGGUGAAAGGCGCUGCCUCCUUUCACCUCAACAAGCUUAUACCUGACGAGCGGUUCAAGGAUGGCACAUUAGUAGUAGCACCUUGCAAUUCACCUGAACAACCACCGAUCACACUAGCUUGUGCUCAUGCUCAACAGGUUAUAUGGCAGCUCUUCAACGCAGUAGAGAAGGGUGCUGCAGCUGCGGGCGAAACAGAUGAAGCAUUUUUAAAUGAGAUCAAAUCCAAGAAAGGUCGUAUGGAUAAAGGCAUUCAUAUUGGUUCGUGGGGCCAGCUACAAGAAUGGAAGGUGGACAUGGACUCGCCGACGGACACUCAUCGUCACAUGUCGCAUCUUGUUGGCUUGUACCCGGGCUACGCUAUUUCAAACUAUAAUCCUGACAUCCAGGGCCUCAAAUAUUCUGUUGCUGACGUCCGUGCCGCCGCUCGGACGAGUUUGAUUCACCGUGGAAACGGCACGGGUCCAGAUGCUGAUUCUGGCUGGGAGAAAGUCUGGCGUGCAGCUUGCUGGGCUCAAUUCGCGGACCCGGACAAAUUUUAUCACGAGCUAACUUACGCCGUCGACAGAAACUUCGCUGCGAACUUAUUCAGCAUCUACAACCCAUUCGACCCAGAUCCAAUUUUCCAGAUUGAUGCUAAUUUUGGGUAUACUGCUGCGGUGAUGAACGCACUUAUCCAAGCACCAGAUGUUGCGAGUACUACAAUACCUCUCACGAUUACCCUACUCCCAGCUCUUCCAUCGGCUUGGUCCACAGGCUCGAUCUCAGGUGCCCGGGUCCGCGGUGGAAUCACUGUAGACAUGGCUUGGGUGGACGCAAAACCUACGAAGGCCGUGCUUACCAUUGCUGAAGGAGCUCCUUCAAGACCAGUCCACGUCAUACAUGCCGGUCAGGAGAAGUUGAGCUUUAAUACGACCGGAGCCGAGUGGACGUACACAAUUACUGGGUUCUAGGAAGUGGUAGGAUUCGUUGCAGGACUGAAUGGCCUCCAUGAUCACUGUAAACAGGAAGAGAGGUAACUAUCAAAGGUGAUGUAAAUAAACUGCCGAUGUAAAAGAG